AUGGAUCGUCCUAAUACGCCUUCGAUGCCACCAAUGUACUCCGAAGCUCCUUCUUACGGAGACUUGAAUGAACGCACUCCAACGGGACAGCCUUCGGAUGCAUCGCAGAUUCGUUUGUUGACUGGACAGGAGGAUACUAGACCGUAUGUAUUAGGGGAUUCUGUUGUUUCUGUCUCUAUGAACCAGAUAAUUGGAUCCACGGGCUUGGAUGGGGUAGUUCCUGAACCGCUCAAAGUGCGCAAAUCGUUAUGCAUCCGAGGUAGAGAAGAUAUACGGGCUGGAAAACUAAGGGAGAUGGCGCCUUCGGAGGCGAUGCGGGUAGAAGCAGAGUCCAUGAAGCAGAAGGUACAGCCUUCGCGUCAUGAGACUUCGCAAUAUCUAAGAAACCUUCUGGGACCAAGAAAUCCAUCACACUCAACUCCAGAACCUUGGAACUCUCUCAAGGCAGAGGAGGAGGGUCGCGCAUCUCGUAACCUUCAGAAGAAGCAACGAGCUGUCGACCUUCCCGUCAUCCCAUCAGGUCCUUCCCGAAGACUUUCACUAAAGAACCCAGUCAAAUCUCCUCUUUCCAGACUUGAGACGCAGUUGAAUGUGCAAGCAAGCUCACAUGUUAAUUCAAACAGUACAUAUACCGCUCGCAGAUCAUACCAACCUUCGGUAUCCUCAUCACACUCGCGAGCGCCUUCGAUUAUCGAUACGGCACCACCACUCAACCCAUCAGAAAGCACAUAUGCUCCAUACUCGAGCAAUGGAAGAAUCUCACCUACACGAUCAUGGAGUCCGAGUAGAAGUUCAAGCGAAUUUAUUACUCGACCGCCACCGAAUGUGCAAUUCGAACCACCUGAUAUCGACGGAAGUCCCAGACCCGGAACCCCAAGUUCGAGAUAUGGUGGCAGUCCAAGGAGGCCCUUGCCACCUGCACCGCUGUUUUCGGGGCCUGGUGCUCCAGCCAGGAAUUCGACGUUUGCGGAUGAUGCUACAAUAUCCAUACCAUUGGAGAAUGAUAUUGCAGAUGGCGAUGACGAUGUUUUCGGGCCCUCGAGUCCGUUAAAGUCGAGACCUGGAGCUACUACGAGAGAGUCAUACCUAUCCAGUGACACUCUCACAGACGAGAUUGAUAUUCAUGAUGACGAGGAUUACGAACAUUACGGACCAGCGCCAGAUGGGAAGCAGGAACGAAGAGGAGCACGACAAGCACAAAUGGCGAAGAAAGAAGUCCGGUUGAUUAAUGGAGAGCUUAUCCUGGAAUGCAAGAUUCCAACCAUUUUAUACAGUUUCUUGCCACGGAGGGACGAGAUCGAAUUCACGCAUAUGCGAUAUACGGCUGUCACUUGCGACCCUGAUGACUUUGUCGGCAAAGGCUACAAACUGCGCCAGAAUAUUGGUGCUACCGCCAGAGAAACCGAACUGUUUAUUUGUAUUACCAUGUAUAACGAAAAUGAAAUCGACUUUACCAGGACAAUGCAUGCUGUUAUGAAGAACGUUUCUCACUUCUGUUCUCGUUCAAAAUCUCGUACCUGGGGCGAACGUGGAUGGGAGAAGAUCGUUGUCUGUAUUGUGUCUGAUGGACGCCAAAAGGUCCAUCCACGAACUCUAGAUGCUUUAGCAGCAAUGGGAGUCUACCAGGAUGGAAUCGCUAAGAACUUGGUCAAUGGAAAAGAAGUUCAAGCCCAUGUUUACGAGUAUACGACACAAGUUUCACUAGAUUCAGAUCUCAAAUUCAAAGGUGCCGAGAAGGGUAUCGUGCCUUGUCAAAUGAUCUUUUGUUUGAAAGAAAAGAACGCCAAGAAGUUGAAUUCUCAUCGAUGGUUCUUCAACGCGUUUGGCAGAGCCCUUACUCCGAAUAUCUGCAUUUUGUUGGAUGUGGGUACCAAACCUGGUGGAAACUCCUUGUAUCAUCUCUGGAAGGCUUUCGAUACGGAUUCUAAUGUUGCUGGUGCUUGUGGAGAGAUUAAAGCUAUGAAAGGCAAAUUCGGAGCUCACCUCCUGAAUCCGCUCGUUGCUUCUCAGAACUUCGAGUACAAGAUGUCAAAUAUUCUUGACAAACCUCUAGAAUCAGUAUUUGGUUAUAUCACUGUGCUUCCCGGAGCUUUGAGUGCGUACAGAUACCAUGCGCUUCAAAACGAUCAUACAGGACACGGUCCGCUGAGUCAAUAUUUCAAGGGAGAGACUCUACAUGGCCAAAACGCAGAUGUCUUUACCGCGAACAUGUAUCUUGCUGAAGAUCGAAUCCUGUGUUGGGAGUUGGUAGCUAAGAGAGAUGAAAAAUGGGUGUUGAAGUAUGUUAAAAGCUGUUAUGGAGAGACUGAUGUCCCUGAUACUGUGCCUGAGUUUGUCUCCCAGAGACGUAGAUGGUUGAAUGGUGCUUUCUUUGCAGCCGUGUAUUCGCUCGUCCACUUCCGUCAGGUCUGGAAAACAGAUCACACAAUUGGUCGCAAGAUUCUCCUCCACAUCGAAUUCGUGUACCAAUUCAUCUCCCUCCUCUUCACCUUCUUCUCUCUCGCCAACUUUUACCUCACGUUCUACUUCGUCGCUGGGUCGCUCUCGGACCCCAAAGUAGAUCCUUUUGGACACCAUAUCGGUCUUUACCUCUUCUCCAUCCUGCGAUACACUUGUGUCCUGUUGAUAUGCACCCAAUUCAUCCUAUCGAUGGGUAACAGACCACAAGGUGCGAAGCGUCUCUAUUUUACAUCGAUGGUGCUCUACGGUGUCAUCAUGGCGUACAACACAUUUGCAGCUGUGUAUAUAGUUAUCCGACAACUCAAAGGCAGCGAUCUUCACGUCGGCAAGAACGCGUUCACGAACCUCAUCGUCUCAACAGCAUCCACAGUCGGACUAUACUUCCUGAUGUCUUUUCUAUACUUGGAUCCAUGGCACAUGCUCACCUCUUCGGCUCAAUACUUCAUGCUCCUUCCCUCCUACAUCUGCACUCUACAAGUCUACGCCUUCUGCAACACCCACGACAUCUCCUGGGGCACAAAAGGUGACAACGUAAUCAACAUUGACCUGGGCUCCGCCAACGGUCGCGGCAAGGGUGCCACAGUCGAGCUCGAAAUGCCUUCAGAGCAGCUUGACAUCGACUCGGGCUACGACGAAGCCCUGCGCAACCUCCGCGAUCGUGUCGAGGUUCCCGUUCCGGAGAUUAGCGAGAGUCAGCAACAAGAAGAUUACUACAAGAGCGUACGUACCUACAUGGUUCUCGUCUGGAUGAUGUCAAACGCGAUUCUGGCCAUGACUGUUAGCGAAGCCUACUCCGGUACUGACGUCGGCGACAAUAUCUACCUCUCUUUCAUCCUGUGGUCGGUCGCUUGUCUAGCGCUCUUCAGAGCGAUUGGGAGUGGUACUUUUGGGAUGAUUAAUGCGGUCGAGGCGAUUGUUGAGGGGAGGGUCAGGAUGAGGAUGAAGGUUCCUAAGUGGGCGGGUGGGAUUGGGGAGAAGUUUGCGGGGUGGAGGAGUGGGGUUAGUAGUUUGGGAAGUGUGAAGUCUUGA